AUGGAGAUCCAGUACCGCGACAGCCUCCCCGAUGAUGUCCGCUCCGGCUUCAACAAAGCUGUAGAAGCCCUACCGCAAGAGCAUCUCCGCGCUCCUGUUACCGGUGACGAAGUGAACAGCCCCGAGGAAGCCCUUCACUGGUUCCAAAACUAUGCAUUCACCCAGGGUUUCGCUCUGGUCACUGCCAGCAAGCGGCCGCGGAGGAUAGAAGAGCGAAAAGGCUGGGUGGUCGGUUUCACUUACGCGUACCAUACGCAUCCGCCACUUCAAAAUCCCUUCCACUACGCCUGCCAUAGAUCCCGUAUCCCAGAGCGGGCUGCGGCAGUCGAUCUGGCCCUCGCGCAUCGGACUGCCGGCCUGUCAGCAACUGAAUCAACCCGGAUUCUCGACCAACACGGCUUAGGCAACUGUCUUUCUGCAAAGGAGUUCUACAACCUGAGCCGGUCUGAAGGGAGACGCAGCAGUCAAGAAGCGCUUGACGUCUUGCUCACUUGUUUGGAGUUCGAGGACUUCCGUGUUCGUUGCUUCUUCAAAUACCUUCUUGACGACCAAGGACGACAGACAGCGCGAGUACUCGAGCAUCUGUUCUUCUGUUCUUCCGAGCAGAUCCGCCUGGGUAGAAGAUUCGUCAGCGGAUUCCUCAUGCAAACCGAUGCGACGUUCAACACCAAUUGCCUCCACCUGCCUUUAUCUGUCAUAGUGGGAAUCACAAACACAGGCAAGACAUUUCCUCUGGCUUUCGCCUUUAUAACAUCUGAAUCAGCUGAAGCCUUCGAAUUUGUGAAUGCUCAAUUGGCAGAACUGGUCUGGUACGAUUGCCCACCACCUCAAGUCGUUCUCGGGGAUCAAACCAAAGGGCUCGCUGCCGCGAUGGCGGCGUCCCAAGAGAGCUGA